AUGCAUUUGCGAAAGAUGAUAUCAAUUGUAGUGACGUUCAAAAUUUUAUUUUUGUCUGUUAAAGUAAUUGUAAAUCAUGUUAAACGUUCACAUAAACAAACACAAUUACGACAUAAAUUACAAUCAUAUUCUGAUACAAGAUUCAAUGGUGUCUAUGUUAUGAUGAAAUCAAUUUUAACUGUUUAUGAUGAAUUAACUGAUACAUUACAAGAUGAAAUGAAAAAUAAAUUGACAGAUAUAGAUAAAUUAUUAUUAUACUUUAUAUGCUCUUAUUUAAGAACUUUUAAUGAUGUAAUAGAAGCUUUAAGUGCAGAUCAAAAUCCAACUAUCGAUGAAGUCAUUCCAUUACGUCAAAUGUUAGUUCAUUCAUCAUUGACAAUAACGGAUGAUGCGAAAGUCACAAAAACUUUGAAGCGAUGCAUUGGUAAAGAAUUAUUAAAUAAUUGGGUUAUUACUGACGAACAUUAUUUAGGUGUUAUAUUACACCCACUGUUAAAAAAUUUUCAAACAUUACCAGAUUUUAAAUAA